AGAAAGAAAAAAAAAAACAUUUUCCAUUUGGGUGGAAAAAAAUGUCAGUAUUUGAAGCAAAAAUUGUUUAAAGAGAGUGCAAGAGGGAAAGAGACGGUGUCAGUGGCAAUUGGCAUGGGAGAGAGCAGUAGUAUGUGUUUGCGCCGUGUAUAUUGGUGUAGUGUUGUUGUUAUUUUUAUUAACAAAAAAUAUUCUGAUUCGUUUUUUUUUUUGUAAUUCUUCUUCUGGUCUUCGAUAAUUGUGCAGCAUGGCUGGCUGAUGUUAAAGAAUUGUUUAAAUAAAUAAAUGGAUUAAGAAAUGCGCUGAGAAAACUAAUUGCAAACAAAAACCAAAUUUCAAUGGGUAUGACAAAGAGAGUUUUGUUUCCCCUCUUCCUUACAAAAGAGCACAACUACAAAAAGCCGUGUGGUGUGAGAAAUUCUAGUGGCCGCAGUGAAUAAUUUGUGAAAAUUUGCAAAAUUAAUGUAUGCUGUUGGGCUGCCACCACCACCACAACAACAACGGAAUAUAACAAUUUUAUAUUGUACAACAAAUGCCAGAAUAUUAUUUGUUGUUGGUCUGAUCCCAGCAAAUCAUUGGAAAAACGAGUCAUCUGUUUUUUGAAUAUUGUCGCGGAAUUUAUUAUGCUCUUUGUUUUGUUUUUUUUUUUUGCUUGUUAAGAGCGCCGACAUCUCUCACUCUCUCUUUCUCCAGUUAGAAUUCUCUUGUUGCCUCCAGUUGGUGGAAGUUCAUUUGUGUUUUUCUUUUCUUUUGGUCUUUUUACUCGCCGAAUUGUGUUCUCUUUCUCUCGGCCUCCCCUUUUUCAACUCGUUGUUUGUGACACUUUUGCGAACUCGUUCGGUCUGCGAAAAUUUUUGCCAGUUUGAGAAACGGCGAAGAGGCAUAAACACCAAAAAACCUUAAGAAAAAAACGCGAGUGUUGUGUGUUAACAAAAAUUCAAGUAAACAACAACAUUAACGUCAAACGGAAACGUAAACAAAACCAACCAACCAACAACAAAUCAACUUUUCGCUAUUCAAACCAAAUUUUUCAAAGUUUUUUCUUUUUUUCUACAAAUUUCAAACCGUCUCGUCCCACAAAACGGCUUUCAUAAUAAUUUUACAAAAUAAUUUAGUGAAUUUUUGCAACUUUUAAAAGAAAUUUUUUCAAAACCAUAACCAUAUAAAAAAAUAAAUAAAAUACCUAGUGUUAAUCAUAUAUAAGUUAUUAUAAAAUAAAAUUAUAUAUUGUUAGUUUAAAAGAAAAGAAAACAGAAGGAGAUAAAUAAUUAUAAAAAAAUUAUACGAAAUAAAAUAAUAAAAAUCAACCUCCCCCUAAAAAAAAGAAGCUAAAGUGUUCAACAAUUUGGCCAAUUAAAACCUAACCUAACAAAAAAAAAAAUAGUUUUAUUAAUGAUCUUCAGUUAACCAAACAAAGGAAAUUUUUAUGUUUAUUUACGCAGUGAAAUGAAAAUGAAAAAUAUUUUAAUUUUGUGAAAGAAAAAAAAAUUAAAAAUUAUUUUUUUGAGUGUCUAUGUCAGUGUCAAAGUUUUGAUAUAAUUUUCAAAAUUUUUGUAAAUCUUGAGAAGUUGGAAACUAUUUCUUCUUAAAUCAUCGCAAGCUGAGCAUCAACUACGUAAUAGAGAUUUGCUCUUUGUUACAGUUAAUUUUUCAUUCUCUCUCUCUCAUAUUUGUGUUCUCUCCUCCUCUGCGUUCAGUGGAAAACCAAGAUAAAUGAAGUGAUUUUAUUCAUCCACUAAUUGAAAUUUAUUACCGGAAAUUUAAUAAUACACGAACACCACACAGAAAAGCUAACCCAGCGAACCAACUAAGCUGCUGUCCGAAAGGGAAACGAAAUCAUCUGAGAGCGAGAGUCAAGCGGAAUUUUUUUUACACUGUGAAAAAAUAAAGCGAUCAGCACCGUUAAAUUGAAUAUCUAACGAACUCACUCUCUCUCUUCCUCUCGUUUGCUCUCCCUACUUCUCUUGUCUAACGGAAGAGAAUGUUUAGGCUUUGUUUGGCCGUGUAAAACGUGAGAGUUAACACCUACCUGUGUGUGUGUGGAGAGCCAUAAUUUGUGUGAGUGGACAUUAUCCUCUCUCGCCGUUUUCUUGUGGAGUCUCCCUCAAAACCAAAAACAAAACAACAAAACUUGAUUUUUAUUCAAAAAUCUUUUGCGGAAAGAGAAAACGCGCUCUCUCUCUCUCUUCUUUAAAUAAAAGAGAAAACAUUGACUUUUAAGUUUUGUUUUUUUUUUUUCUCAAAUCUGAAACUUUUGUUGAAAAUUGCCGCGGUAAUGCAGUCGUUAUUUUUACAAUCGUUUUGCGUUGUCGUUGCUAAACUUCGUUGUAAUUUCGUAUUGAUGACAAUAUGCAUCGCCAGCAUUGUCGCUUAGUUUAUUUUUAUAACGUUAAAAACGUCGUCACCGCCGCCGCCGUCGUCGUCGAAGUCGCCGUCAUUGAUUUUGAAAUUGUCGCCGUCGUUGACAAUAUCAUCGUCCGUUUUAACGCCGUCGCGGAUUAUUUAACAACCGCCUUUGUGAAAAUCUUGCAAUACCAACAAGUUGUGAGCGAAAAAUUGAAACCUCCGCUCCUGUACCGGAACCACCAAGUCAAUAGUACUGCUGAGAUCUAUAAAAAUAAGGAAACAACAACGUCAAAGCCUUUAAUAGCCUGUAAAUCGUUUUCAACUUCCUCCGCCUGCACCUCCCCAGCCUAUCUGCCAGCUAAGGAAUCUUUGAAGCCCUCAUCUGUGUCGUCUGGCCGGCUCCAAGAUUUGUUGCUCUUGGCUAAGUUUUUAUUAAAAAAUACCAAAGUUUUUUCAUGAUCAUUGGUGUCCCAUCUUCAAGUCAGCAGUCCCAUCAAAAUCCCCAUCCUCAGCAGCAGCGCAGCCGGGUUUUUACUAACUAAUCUGAUUUGAAAAUCUAGAUUAUUGUCAACGUAUCCAACGUUCUGCGCUCUUCACGAACAAUGUUGUUGAAAUUCAAUUAGAUUUAAUUUAGUUUUGCUACUAUUAACCUCUAAACUUGUGACCGACAACUUUUGAGAUAAACGUGUGGUCAUCAUCAUCAUCGUCAUAAUCUCCAACAUCAACGAAAUCAUCAUCAGCUGCCACAGCAUCAUAGACGUAAUCAUAGAGAAUAAAAAUCAACUAGAAAAAAAUAUAGCAAAGCUCCCGAUCAUUUUCCCUCUCUCUCUCGUAUACGAGAAGAGCAAAUUCGACGAAUUUAUAACAAAAGUAAGCUCAACAGCUCUCCCAGCCAGUCAACCACCCACCCAUCCGAGUUUGGGGUUCUCUAAGUCAUUAUCUAACGGCUGGUCUUAGAUUGAGCAACGUAUAAACGACGUGAUAACAGUGCGGAUUAGGUUUUGCCAUCCAUAAUCUGGCUAGACCCCAAAUCACCCGAGAGAGAAAAACGGAAACGGAAACUUCAAAGAAGACUUGUAGAAUAUAGCCUAAAUAGAAAAAAAAAAAAAACAACCACAACAAGGACAAAAAACAGAAUUACGAUCCAAGAUCAAAUUUUAAAGCAGCGCGAUAAAAAAAAAACCAAAAACAAUUUUAGUUAAACCUCCCCCCCCCCCCAAAAAAAAACGAACUUUAAAUUAAUUUAAAACAAUUGUCAUCCCUAGGAUAAAUCAACAACAACCACAACAACUAAAACUAAAUUUAACAAAAUUUUAAACCUAAGUUUCUCAACUCUUUUUUCCAACAAUUCCAACUAAGCUGUAUUCAGCUACUAAGAACAAAAACAACAACAACAACAAAGAUUCCUUAACCACCAUUACCAACACACUCAAGUUCAUUGGUCUUAUAUUCGAUACAUUGAUUACACCCGGGUUUGGUUGGACAAUACGCACUACCCUGGAUUUGCUGUUGAAAAAGUUGCGGACUCUGAAAACCCCGAUUAUGGCCGAGAAUCAAACUGCCACAGAGGAUUCCGGUCAGCAACAACAAUCGCAAACUCAGACACAAACACAGCAUCAUCAGCAUCAGCAACAGGAGGAAGCAGAUACCCAGGAACAUCCUCAAGAAAAUACCGUAGAAGAACAGCAUCCCGAAGAAGAUCAGCACCAACACCACCACCAAUCAGCCGGCACAACACCCCACUCAUUGUUGUCCACCCAAAAUUCCGAAGAACUAUCCUCAUCGUCAGCUUUAAAUUCACCCGAGACACCACCCAACGAAAACAAUUCGUCCUCAUCGCCGGACGAGCCCCAGACCAUUGUCAUAGCCAGCAGUCGUCAGCAGCACCACCACCAACAGCGGCAACAGCAAUCACCUCAAAACUCACCAGCACGCAGCAUGAUCGAUCGUCCUGUGUCCGCUCGUUUUAAGGUGUCGACGAACACACCACAGCGUCGCAAUACCAUCCAAUCCACCACUGCGCCCCGGGUGGCCAGUACCACAGCCAUCAAGAAACCCACCCUGGUCAAGGUGAAUUCCCUGAACACCAGCAAUACGGUGGACAAAAACAACAGCGCCAACAAUACCAACACCAGUAUGGACAAACAUCACCACCAUCACCAGCAACACCAUCAUCAGCACCAUCAUCAUCAUCACAGCAACAGUAUGGCGAAUCAACAGCAGCAGCAUCAUCACCAUGCCCAUCACCACACCCAUCAGCACAACACAAAUUCGACUGCUUCCACCACAACUACUGCGGCAACCACCACCUCCACCUCGACGGCCAUACAACGCACGACCAGCGAGUGUCUGCGUCUGAAUGCUGUGCCACCACCUUCCAAUACCCCGGCCACAGCUGAUUCGCUCUCGAACGCUACCAGCUACAACAGCAUUCAUUCGAAUCUAACCAACAACAGCUCUAGUUCAGCCUCUGUGGCGCCCAAAUCGACCAGCUCCAAUGCCAGUCAUUCGACCAAGAAUUCCACCUCGAAAUCAUCCUCGGCAAACUCAAGCAAGGCCUCGUCGCCCAACAACAACAACAGCAUUGCCGAACAGCCCUCACCAAAUCAGGGUGCUGCGACCAUGCGUUCCACCAUGCGCACCCUGCGCAGCAGUUAUCUAUCUUCGUACAGCCAGAAUGUGACCAGAACCCAAAGCAGCAGCACCACCACCACCACUGGAGGCAAUAUGCGCAAGCCGCCCAAACCCACAUCCUCGUUUCAGAUUACCUCAGUUACCCUGGGUGGCAAUCCGAAACCUUCUCCCGUCACCGACAAUGGUGAGGAUGAGUCGGCCGACGAUUUCGAUGAAUCUCACACCGAUGACAACAGUCGCAUAACGGAUUUGGAAAAUGAAACCCCCUCCAUGUCGGAGGACACGUUUUCCAAGGAGGAGAUUUACUAUCACCAGGAUGACGGGCUCAGCAGUACGGCUCCAGCCAUACCCACUGGCUCACAGUUUGGGUUGGUGGUGGCCACCCUAGGAGCCCAGGAUAUAUCCAAUGUUCAGGUGAAUGUGGGUGAGAAUUUCAUUGAUGUGGUGCCCAGUGGCAGUGAUGUGAAAAAGGACUCGACCCAGCAUCGCAGCGAACGUUUCAAGGUGGUGAAAAUUGAGUCGACCGAACCGUUUCGUCGUGGUCGCUGGGUGUGUAUGGAUUACUUGGAUCACACCACAGUUCCCGGUGGUGGCAAAGGAGAUGCUGGAGGUGCAAACAACAACGAAAAGACUGAAGGCGGCGGUCCAGCGACUGCCGGUGAAAAUAAUGCGGGUGAAGGUGGUGGUGGGCCUCGAACCACCCAGAGUAUGAUUUUGGGUCAUGGCACCGCCGCCAUUUUGGAAAAUCACUUUGAUGCCAAUACCGCAGCUUCAGCUGAUGGCAAUUGGAAUUAUCCAGAGCCAGUAGCUAAAAUGCCAAUGGCAACGGGUGGUGGAGGCGGUGGCGGUGGAGGUGCCGGCAUAAACACAGCCCCUGCCACGGUGGUCCAUGGCCUACAGCAAUUUGUGGAUAGUGCAAAGGCUGAGGGAGCAGGAGGUGUUAUGACCUCGGAGGGUCAAUAUCAGACACCACCCCAGGAAGUGAAUGCCAAUACUCCGCAAAUGUCAAUGGGCGGACAGGUGUUGCAAGAUGGUCAGGGCCAACAGAUACCCAUUGAUUUUGCCACCUUGGCGGCCCACAAACUCAAGCAAUCGCUGGAAGAGUUGAAGCGUCGCGAAGAGGCCAUAGAGGCUUCGGAAAAGGCAGCGGCUGCAGCUGCCGUGGCCUAUAUACCGGGACGUUCGCAGCCCGUUAAUUUUGAGGCAUUCAAACAACAGCAACAACAACAGCCACCACAACAGGUGUCCAUGCAACAGCAGCAGCAGCAGCAGCAGGCCAGUCAAGCCGCCCUGCAGCAACAGCAGCCACCACCACCGCAGGCCCAGUCUCAGCAAAGUCAGCCACAGCAACAGGCCCAGGUCCAACAGCCCCACACUGUUUCCUUGCCCAGCAGCAUUAACAUGCAGAAUGGCAGUAUAUCCAUAUCGUCGGAUAACAGUAAUGUGGGUUCCCCAGCUGGUGCCAAUAUCCAGCAGCAGGCGCAACAGCCCCAGCAGCCCAUAAUGGCCCAGCAAGGACAACAACAGCCUCAGCAGGCCUACAAUAUUGACAUACAACAACAGCAACAACAACAUCAGCCAUUGUCACCAGCUCCGCAACAGACACCCCAGGUACCCCCAACCUAUGUGACUUCGAACUUCCAGUCCACACCUCAUCAGACACCACAACAGCAGUCGCCACAAAUGGCUGAGGGUAUUGCUGCAGCGGCACCUCAGGCGCAACAACAGCAGCAGUUGCAACAAAUGCAGCAACAGCAAAUGCCACAGGCUGUGCAAAUGCAACAGAUUCCACAACAGCCGCAGCAGCCACAGCAGAUGGGACAAAUGCAACAAAUGCCGCAGCAACAGCCAGCAAUGCAACAGCAUUCGGUGCCCGUACAAAUGCAACCACAUUCAAUGCCGGUGCAAAUGCCACAGCAGCUGAGACAACAGAUGCCACAGCAGCCGCAGCAGCAACAGCCCAUGCAGCAGGCGGUUUCGCAACAAAUGCAACAGCAGACGCCAGCCCAGCCACAGAGGCAGCAAUCAUUACCAGUGCAGUCGCAACAGAUUCCGCCACAGGCCCAGCAGGGCAUACAACAAGUGCAACAGCAACAGCCUCGUUCGGUGUCUGUGUCUUCCGUGCCACAGCAACAGCCACCACAGCAAAUUCAACAAAACGUUCCGGUACAGCAGAUUCCACAGCAGCAGCAGCCAACGCAGCAACAACAGCAAAUGCAACGUCCUUCUAUGCCGGUGCAACAAAUUCCACAGCAACAACAAGCAGGCCAACAACAGCAACCACAAAUGCAACAGACAGUACCGGUGACGAUGCAACAAAUGCCGGCACCACAACAACAACAACAGCAAAUGGGACAGGGGGUUCCUGCAAACAUGCAACAGAUUCCACAGCAACAAAUGCCUCAGGUGGGGCAACAAAUUCCACAGCAACGUCAGGCUUCGCUACAGCAACAGACUUCACAAACCGAUGGUGUGGCUCGCAGCAUUAGUUUGCCACAGCAAAUGCCAACGCCACAACAGCAGCAGCAGCCACCAUCCAACCAAACUUCACUUCCGACACAAUUCCAACAAAUGCAACAACAACAGCCACUGGGUCCUGGACAAACGAUGCCAAUUUUGACACAAAUGACCUCGUAUCAACAGCCACAGCCACAGCAGCAGCAACAGCAGCAGGCGACCCAACAGCAAUUGCAACAGGCCUCAUUGGUAGCUCAACAGCAGCAGCAACACAGUGCCCCAGCUACCAUGGUCGAUAAUGCUGCGAUUUUGGCACAAAUCCAACAACAACAGCAGCAGCAACAACAACAACAACAACAUGCUUCAAUGGCUGGCACCACCAGCACCUCAAUGACCGCACCCAUGAUGACCAUGCAACCGGGCACAGCUACCGGGCCAGCAGCUGUUCAAUACCAACAACAGCAACCACCACGACCCCUUGAUAAUGCUCAGCAGCAACAGCCUGCAACAAGUGUUAAUGUCCACUUGAAUCCAAUAACAUCGGCCACGGUUAUGCCCACAAAUAUAGAGGGUCAAAAAAUGCAACAGCAGCAACAACAACCACAACAGCAAAAGACACCACAGCAAACUCAACAACAGUCGUCACAGCCAUCGCAACAACAACCACAGCAACAGCAGCAGCAACAACAGCAGCAGCAACAACAACAACAGCCGAAACCCUCAACAGCCACCACAUCACAAACAGCAUCAACAACUACAGCGUUACAACAGCAGCAGCAACAGCAACCUAUUGCAGAAACAGAGACUGAAAGAACCGUAUCCAGUCUCACCCAGGCCAUGAUCACCGGCAAUGCCGGUAAUAAUCGCAAACGGGCCUUUAGCACCCCGCACAUAGCCGCCAAUGUAGUUCAUCAAAUGCUUGCCACCUCAGCGUCAGCCACCUUGGCGGCUGCCGUGCAAACUCAGGUUACCCAAAGUGGAGGCAGUGAGUUCGCCUCUCCCUAUCACUUGGCGCCCUCCACAAAUGCUGGUGCAACAACGGCGGAUUUGGCCCAGCCAACAAAUGUAUAUUUCUAUAACAAAACCUCGUCGGGACGUUCUUCCUUCUGUGUGGAUGAGAGCAUAUGGAAGGCUACAAAUCUGGAGGGAGGCAAUAAUCAGGUGGUCUCCUCCGACAGCCAAAUUUACACAAAUCUUGCCAUGGGUGAUGAGCGCUAUAAACUUCCGGUGGAAUUUUGCAAUACAGUAUUGAGUCCAGGGGUUAGUAUUACAACCAGUCAAUAUGGUGGGGCGGAAGAGGAAAUGGUGGUGGAACAGCAGCAGGAUCAAGAGGAGAAUGAGGAAGACAUUGAUGAGGCCUCAGAUCAAUUUUCGCCUUUGCUCUAUGCCACAAUGCAGCAGGCAACUUCCCUGCCCAUACCCAUAAGUCCAGGACAAUCACCGACCCGCUUGGCCGUUAGUGGUGGCGGCGCGGGUGGAGCAGCAGCCAGCGGCGGUGGGGGAACGGUUAGUGGUGGUCAUCGCAGCCCUAGGGCCCACUCGCCCACAAGUCACAUGGCCUACAGUGCCAGUCCAGUGCCGGGAGCCUUUGGCUACUCCCCCUUCUACAGUGGUUCACCGGAAAACCAAUCAAACAAUGGUGGCUCCCAGCAAUCGUUGCCACCCAAGAAAAUAUCCUUUAGCUACGAUCCUUCGUUUGGUACGGCCGUCAAUCGUUUGGCCAUACCCCAGCAGCAGCAGCAACAACAACAAAACAUACCACAAAUGAGGAAAUUCUCCCAACCCAUAAGUCAAUUCACCACACCCAUACAGCCAGCCCACCGACUAUCAACAGUAUCGAUUGAGAGUGCCCCAGGGUCCCUGGUCUAUGCCACAUCGCCCACAUCCGGCGGCUUGGCCGUGAAUCCAAACAGUGCAUCUGGAACAAGUGCAGUUGCCAUCGAUAAUAAAAUCGAGCAAGCAAUGGAUCUCGUCAAAUCCCAUUUGAUGAUCGCCGUUCGCGAGGAGGUCGAGGUACUCAAAGAAAAGAUCUCCGAACUUAUGGACAAGAUCAAUCAAUUGGAGGUUGAGAAUACCAUCCUGAAGGCGAAUAUGUCACAGGAGACGCUGCAACAACUGCAAAUGCAGAUAACUGGAACGGCAACGCCCAACAACAUGAUUACGGCAGCGCCAACACCAACACCACCGGCAGCAACAGUGGCAGCGGCCAAUGCUAUAGCCGUGGUGGCCAACACCAAUGCUUUGGGCAAUCAGCAGCAGCAACAACAACAACAGAUUGCUGCCAUAAAUGCAGCAAAUACUGGCAGUGGCACGGCCACGCCCACAACAACACAAACAGAAAAUAUUGCCAAUGUAGAACAACAGCAGCAGCAACAACAUCAAAAUACUAGCAGCAGCCAGCAGCAGAAUGAUGAUGCAGCGGCAUUAUUGCAACAACAGCAGCAACAGGCAGCCAAUGGACCAAUGUCUUAAAUAUAAGUUUAAGUUAUGUUUUUAUUUUCUCUCUCUUUGCCCAAAAGAACACAGAAAACAACUACAACAACAAAACAAUUUUGUAAGGUUGUGUGUUACAAUAAGAAGAAGAAGAAAAAUUUGAAAACCAAAUUUUUGCUUAACAAACAAACAACAAAAAUGCAACACAAAAGUUUGUAAACAAACACAGAUGGUAAAGCAAAGCUAGGCCAGAAUAGCAACAAAUUGCCAAACGGGGAAAAGGAUGAACAAGGAAGGGAUUUUUUCUUUGUGGAAAAAGUAAAAUAAUUUAAAAAAGAAAUGGAUGAACUGAACUCUAGGCCCAACAAAAAUUGGAAAUAGAUAGC